UGCCUUCUUCUCAUGCCUUUGACAGAGCUGGAGUAUUAUAUUAGAAGUAUUAUUACUUCGUUACACUACACCUCUUUAUUGACUGCCUUUUAAUGGAUUUUGUGAUUUCCAACAGCACCUGAAUGCAGCAAAGCAAACCCCAUGAUUUGGUGGAACUUUGAACCUCACACACAAACUGCGCUGAUUGUGUGACAGUGUGUGAACUGGAGAGACAGCUGACGUGCUGAGAAAAAAUAGAGCAAAGAGAGAAUAAAAAUAAUCAAUACUCCCACUUGUGCGGUGUUACAAGAAGCGCUGUGUGACAGCAGCGCAGCUUUGCGGCGUUUUACGACUUACCAUCAUCAUCCUCAUCACAGCCGAGAUGUCCCUCCGAUACCACCACAAAGUUGUCAUUGUGACCGGAGGAUCCAAAGGGAUUGGCAAGGGCAUUGUCAAAGUGUUUGUGGAGAAUGGAGCCAAAGUUGUGUUUUGUGCAAGAGGAGGUGCAGCAGGUGAGGCUGUGGAGACGGAGUUGAACAAAGCAGGGCCGGGCUCAUGCAAAUUUGUCUCAUGUGACGUCUCUAAAGAAGAUGACAUAAAGAGACUAGUUGCAGUCACAGUGGAGCAUUAUGGACACAUUGACUGCCUGGUCAACAACGCAGGGUGGCACCCGCCUCAUAAACCCACUGAUGACACCACAGCAGAGGAGUUCAGGGAUCUGCUGAAUCUGAACCUCGUCAGCUACUUCCUGGCUUCUAAAUAUGCGUUGCCGUACCUACGACAGCGUCAGGGAAACAUCAUUAACAUUUCCAGUCUGGUGGGAACCAUCGGUCAGAAAGAUGCUGCACCGUAUGUUGCCACCAAGGGGGCGAUAAUCUCCAUGACAAAGGCGAUGGCCGUGGAUGAGAGUCGCUACAAUGUGAGAGUGAACUGCCUCUCUCCGGGUAAUGUGCUGACACCUCUGUGGAAAGAAUUAGCAGGACAGACACCGGAUGCUGCAGCAGCCAUUAAAAUGGGAGAACAAUCUCAGCUGCUGGGUCGUAUGGGGACAGAAGAAGAGUGUGGUCUGGCUGCUUUGUUUCUCGCUGCUGAUGCUACUUUUUGCACUGGGAUUGACCUGCUGUGUAGCGGAGGAGCCGAACUCAACUAUGGCAUCAAAAGUCAGAUUCCAUCCUAACUGUCCUGAUCACCACAGCGUCCUUGUUGUCCUGGAACAGCUGAUUAAACAGAUUAAAUUGAUAAAUGCUGAAAAAGUGCACUGGUAAUAAUACUAAAAUAAAUCAGAAUCAGGGUUAUUUCCAGGUAGAUUUUGCUCACAAGAAUAUGCAUUUGUGUCUUGAGCACAUAUUCAAAAUAUUAAGAGGAAAUAAAAACAAAGGCAAAUUCUUAAAGGUCCCAUAUUACAAAAAAAAAAAAAAAAAAAAAAAAUCAGAUUUCCAUGACUUAUUUAAUAUAAAGCAGGUAUUGAUGCUGUGUGAAUACUAAGGAAGUAUCAAAAUGCUCAAUACCCACAGAAAUGCACACAGACCUUAUUCAGAAACUGGGUUGUUAAAGAGCCUUCAGGAUUUCCACGAAUUUGUGAUGUCACAACUAUAAGCUACUUAAUUAAAA